GUGUGUGUGCUCGUCAUCUCGCACUCAGGGAAGGGAAAAUAGGAAAACUGUCGGGGAGGAAGAGCAGUGAACACGCCGAGGAACAUACCUAUUAUCUAUUCUAGAUUGGUCCUAAAAGAGUACACAGUCGAGUGGGGCUAAGCUAGUCACUUUCAGCGUUAGUUUACCCAUGUGUGUGUACUCUAGGUAAAGUUAUUCGCUGAAUAGGGGAAAUUCGACUUCACUACUCGGACGAGCAGCUAAGAACGCCCAGAACAGCAGCAGUUUGGAAACCUGAGUCUGUUUCGACAGGCCCGGAUCCCUGUUCAAACAACGUCUGGGGACUUGCAUGAAAACAACAAAAGAACCACCCGAAAUUGUGUGAAUGGAGCAGUGUGAGAGUGCAGCCUCUCUCCUGGCCUCCGUGCGGGAGCAGGAGCGUCAGUUUGAGCGUCUGACUCGCGCUCUGGAGGAGGAGAGAAGGUGUGGAGGCACCCUCCCACGCCCUCCCCCCAAUCUACAGAAUGGGCGUGUUUCUUGUGAUGCGGACAUAGAGAGGCUCACGCUGAACGAGGGAUACGUCAACGGGACACAUUACAGGAUGGAGCCUGGUCAAGUCGUCCAGGAGACGGUUACCGUGGAGGAGGACCCGCACGAGGUGCCCCCCGUCAUCUCCGUGGAAACCAGCGAAGAUGGCACCACGCGCCGCACAGAAACUACGGUAAAGAAGGUAGUGAAGACUACCAUGACUCGUACAGUCAUCCCCUCUGUGUCUGACAACCUCUCCCUGGAUGGAGGGGGGUCUAUGACAGGUGUAGGGGGUUACACCACCCCCAUGGAGCGGGUCUACAGACAGCCAGGUCCUCCCAUGGACUACCCCACCAACACCGUGCCCCGAAACUACCACUACGGACCCCCGGGAGGGUACGAGGACUACCGCCAGGGCCCUCCCUCCAUAGGGGAGACCUACGCCAGCCUGAGCAGGGGAGCACGCAUGGACGACCGCUACAGGCCAGCUGAUGGGUACCGGACCCUGGACUCAGGAUACAGAGCCAUCAGCAGGAACCAGCUGGACCCAUACGCAGCACAGCCACAGGUGGGUCGUAUGGCGUGUGUGUUAAAUAAAGUGGGUCGUAGUGGCAGUGUGUUGGAGCUGUCUGGACUGCAGAAUGUGUGUCACCUCACCUUUAAGAACGACAAGGUGAAGACAGAUGUCCGUCGUAUGAAAGGUAUCCCAUCCCUGGUGUCCAUGUUAGACAACCCUAAGAAGGAGGUCCACCACGCCGCCUGCGGAGCGCUCAAAAACAUCUCUUACGGACGAGACCCUGACAAUAAGAUCGCCAUCAAGAACUGUGAUGGAGUACCGGCCCUGGUCAGACUGCUGAGGAAGACCAGAGACCAGGACCUGACCGAUACUAUCACAGGCACGCUGUGGAACUUGUCGUCUCACGACUCAGUGAAGAUGGAGAUCGUUGACCACGCCCUGCACGCCCUCUCAGAUGAGGUGAUGGUAGCUCACUCGGGCUGGGAGAGAGGGAACGAGGCAGGAGGAGAGGAGAACCUCAAACCACGACACCUGGAGUGGGAGACGUCCCUCACCAACACAGCUGGCUGCCUGAGGAACGUGAGCUCGGAGCGCAGUGAGGCCAGGAGGAAGCUGAGAGAGUGCACAGGAUUGGUCGACUCGCUCAUGUACAUUGUCCAAUCACAGAUCAACCUGAAAGACGUGGACAACAAGCUGAUAGAGAACAGUAUGUGUCUGCUGAGGAAUCUGUCCUAUCAGGUUCACCGGGAGGUGCCGGGCGCUGAGCGCUACCAGGAAGCCAUGUCCCUCAACCAGGGCCCCGCCCCCUCCACUGGAAAGACCAACCGCUUCAGCUCCCGCAGGGGCAAAGAUGACUGGUGUUCUAAAGGGAGAAAUGAAGACGGAGCAGAUAUGAUUGACAUUCCAAAGAGGACUACACCUGCCAAAGGUUAUGAGUUGUUGUUCCAGCCAGAGGUGGUGCGUGUCUACACCUCUCUGCUGAAGGAGAGUAAGAACCCCACCGUGCUGGAAGCCUCCGCCGGAGCCGUGCAGAACCUGUGUGCCGGACGCUGGACCUAUGGGCGGUAUAUCCGUGCGUUGUUGCGUCAGGAGAAGGGUCUUCCCAUGAUGACAGAGCUGUUGGCCCAUGGCAACGACCGGGUGGUCAGGGCCAUGUCUGGAGCUCUGAGGAACCUGGCUAUUGACGCCCGCAACAGAGACCUGCUCGGUAAACAUGCAGUUCCCCACCUGGUAUCCAACCUGCCUGGUGGGGGUCAGAGCCAGCCUGUGAGGGCUCUGUCAGAGGAGACGGUGGUGUCUGUACUGAGCACCCUUCAUGAGGUUCUGGGCUCCAGCCUGGACGCUGCCAAGAUCCUCAGAGCCUCGCAGGGCAUCGAGAGACUGGUGCUCAUCAAUAAGGACGGGAACCGGUCAGAGCGAGAGGUGCGUGGUGCCGGCCUGAUACUCCAGUUAGUUUGGGGCUAUAAGGAGUUGAGGAAGACCCUGGAGAAGGAUGGCUGGAAGAAGACAGACUUUAUGGUGAACCUCAACCCGCCCAACAGCACCCAGCCCCGGGUCAACGGAGGAUAUGAAGACAGUACGCUGCCGCUCAUAGACAGGGGAGGAGGAGACAAGAGAGACAUGAUUCCACUAAAUGAUAUGGGACCAGAUGCCUACUCCACACUGGACCAGAGGGGGAGGAAGAACACUCUGGACAGAACACUGGAGCCUGCUGACAAAGACACAGCACAGGGAGGGCUGUAUGAGGAGAGGCGGGACUCUGUUCCUCUCAUGGACUCUUAUGACGAGAAACUGAUAGUGUGCAUCACUAGAAGAGAGCAGCCUCUACCGGCCUACUGCCCCUGCUGAACCUCUGGACACUCACUGAGGGACCACUGACUCCACUAGAACUGGACUCUCUCCUUCUGUGUCUUUUUCUCUUUCCUUUCUCUCUUUUUCCCUCUCCUCUCAAUUUCUUAAUCUUCUUUCCCUCUUAUCUCUUUCGGGGUCUGUGACAUAAGCCACUUGCAUGACCUUCAGCCUUCCUCACCUCCCUAGCUCUCCCUCAUUCCUCUAUUUAGACUGACUUUUAGCCACUAAAGGAACACUAUGGACUCCUGACAUCCCUCUUCUACCUGUCGACACUACUAUGACAUAAGACCACUUCUAAUUUAGUAACUCCUCCCACCACAGUGACACACUAACCCCCAACACUACACUAACUCCUCCCACCACAAUAGGGACAGUUGUGACUUCAACUGGGAACGUUCACCACCACAGUAACAAAGCUAAACAAAAGGGAACUGUUGGAAUGGGAUUCAAACUGUAACUGAACUUAAACUGACAAACCCCUUUUUUUACUGGAAUGGUUAAAACUGCAUUUCUACAAGUGAUUGUGAAGAUUUCCAGUCAAGGUUUUUUUUAUUUUCUUGUGAUAACUAAUUACCACUAAACUUCUGUUUCUCAACAAAGAAUCAAUGUUUGUUGAUCUACCGCCGGUGUUGCUUUGGUCUUUGUUGGAGGUGUGAUUGCUGAGUUGUGGUUCUGACUACAGUGAUGAACACGUGCCAAACUACACACCACUAUUGCAGUAACUUUCUACUACAGAGUAUUUCUGAACACUGCUUCUCUUCUCAGAGCCAUCUGUUGUGAUGUUCUAGUGUAUAUGACAUCAUUGGGUGAUGUCAGACAGGCACUGGUGUGCCAUUGGGCAGUGUUGUGGGAAUGUAAGUAGCUUGACGACCACUUUAACAUUUUACACAUGGAUCUUGCGUCACAGAACAUUCUUGAUUGUCUGUUCUGCAUAUUAUAUUUCUAUGAUUUUCAGCCUUGUAUAAUAGACCAGUGAACAGUUUCGGCUCUAUUCAAUACAUUUCCAUCUGUGUGGCUCUUCAGCGUCAUUGUUAUACCCCCUUUCUCAACUCGCUCUGGUUCUAAUGGUUCUCCUGAAGCUAUGGGAGAAACCACAGAUUUGAUUGUUGAUCAAGUGACUGCAUUUCUUUCAAUCUGCAAAUCUAUAUAUAUAUAUGAAUGUGUAAAUAUGUGAUCGCCUUCAACUACGUCUGUGUGGCUCAUGGCUAACUGGAGUGCCUCGUUCGUUGGUGUUUUUAAGGUGGGAUGGGGGUUUUCCCUGGGGGGUAUCAUUCACUAGCAGCAACAUUCCAGAACAUUGAAUCCAAAUGGAAUGUUUAGAACAGUUUUUUGUGUGUGUUCCGCAUAAUAACACAAUGGAAUGUAUAGAGUUGAUAUGAUUGAUGCUCUGCAUAUGGAACAGAGAGAACCAUUCUAGUGCCAUACGUUCCACGUCAGACGGGAUGGUUCCAGCCUACUGAACCUACGCCUGGGUGUCCAUCUACCCUGCUGGACUGGCUGGUGUCCAUGGAGACCACAGAACACUAAGAGGGGAGAGGACACAUUUAGCUGGUUGUUUCCCCCAGACUGAGUUCCUUUAGUACCGUAGACAACAUUAUUAUUCUCAGUGCAGAGUAAGAUGUAGAUAUUUUCUCAGUAGAUUAAAGCACUAGGGGUAAAAGCGUUUCUUGGUUCCUUUGAUUAUUUUCAUGCCAAUCCAACACUACAAAUGGUCAGUCUCAGAAAAAUGUAAAUGAGUUGCCUUGUAACCAGAUAUAGUCCUAGAAUGAGAUGAUCUAGAACUGAUACAGGAAAUGAUGUGGGAGUGGAAUCCAAUGGGAAAGUGGGACUAAAGAGGGGCGGAGCAUAAUUAAAUUAGCAAGAUUUGUAUAAGUGCAAAGACCUGAUUUUGAUUCUAGUUGCUAUUUAAAAAAUAAAUAAAAUAAAAGCAAAUGUAACUAUAUAUAGAAGAUAAAUAUUUGUUAAUUUGACUGGUUUUAUGUAUUGUUUUUAUAUUUUAUGAUUUGGGUUUAUUCGUCUUGCAGGUAUUGUGGGUGAAUGCAUAUGCAAUCAGGUUUAUUUUUGAAUUGAGAAACAUUUAUGGUUUAUAUAUUUUAAUUAAAGAGAAAACAAGCAAAACACAAUGUAAAAUCAAUUUUGCAUUCCAAAUGAUCCCCUAUUCCCAAUAUAGUACACUACUAAAUGGCCUGAUAUGGCUCUGGGUGAAAGUAGUUAACUAUAUAGGGGACAGGGGGACAUUUAGGAGACAGUCCAACUCUCAAUUUCUGUCAACAGUUUAUUAUUGGAACGCUGAUCUAAAAUGUGAUUCUGGAUGAAAACCUUAAUCUCUUCUUCUAUGCCUUGGCUCUUAAUGUUGCACAUUUCUCUCAUGAAUGGAAUAUGUAACAAGCAAUACUGUUUAUAAUAAAAUAAAAAGUGCUUUUUUUCAA